CUGACAGCAUGUCCAGUUUUUCUUCUGCAGUCAGUGGCACAAGUGUUUUGUUCUGCGUCGUGAAAGAAAAUUCCAUUUUCCUGGAAAGAAAUUCCUUUAGAUCUCCAAAUUCAACAGCAAAAUGACUAUCCUUACGUCCGGAGGCGAGAAGAAGAACGUAGAGGUGACGGUUGUGCCGCUUGUCGCUGAAAAUGACAAGAACAAAUCCAAGGAGUUUAGCAGCAUCCAUGUGCUGCGACAGGACUGCGAGUUCCGGCCACCGCGACCUCAGCCAUGGGCAAUGACAAAGAUCUUCGCCAUCGCCCUGAUCAUCAUGUCACUGGGCAUCCUGGGCGGAAACUUCCUCGCCCGCCACCUGGCCAGAUCCCACGUCGACCGAAUGCGCUUCCACGGCUUCUGUGGCGUGCCCUAUGAGAGCGGACUCGUGGACAACAAGACCAUGAUGAUGUUCAACAGCAAAUUCCGCUUCACCGACGACGAUCUGCCUCUGAUCUCGCGCGCAAUGUCUCUAUUUGGCAACAACCAGCCACUGAGUGAGAGAAUUGACGAUUUCCGCUAUGACAUUGAGGAGGAGGAGAAGCUGGCGCAGAAAUUCUUGAAGGAGGAACUCGAGCUCGAUCUCUCGGAUGACGAGAGCUACGCGCGAAUUGACGUGCCCGACUUCAAGAAUGGGCGUCCUGGGCGCUUCCUGCACGACUUCAAGUUCAAUCAGUCUGGCAUCAUUGACGCGGAGAAUCGCCGAUGCUUCAUUAUGCCGCUCGAUCGCGAGGUUGUCCUGCCGCCCAAGUCAAUGCGCGAUCUCGUGGUGCGCAUUUGGAACGGAUACUAUGACAUUGACACGACUGUAAUUCGCAAGGAGAUGCGCGUGGUGAUCCCGGAAAUUGAGGAUGUCUCAACAGUGGCGCCCACAAUUUACAAUGAGUGCAGGAAUAUGAAGAUUUUCCGUCUGGAGAAGAUUGAGCAUAACAUCGAGAAGCGCUCAGCUGAGCUCGAUUCGCAAGAUACAUAUGUUGAGUUCACUGGCAAGUUGUCCCAAGUGCGCCUGCACAAUCUCGAUGAGGUGAACAAUUACAUGCAAGCGGUGAAUUAGAAUUGUGAGGAGAAUUAUUAGAAAUUACCACAAAUAAUCAAAUAAUGAGAUAAUAGUCUCUAUAGUAUAAUCCCUCAUUCCUCACGAAAAUAAUUGUGACUUUUCACCCAAUAGAUUGGCUAUUUGACUCAAGAUUUAAAAAGUAAAGCAUAUGUUUUGGUAGAAUUGUUCUCUCAAGAUGAAUGAGGAUUUUUAAGAACUUUGAACUGAAAAAUUAUCUUUAUGAUUUUGCUCAAGAAAUUUCUGGUAUCUCUUUAGAUUUUAUGGCAAAAACUGCUGAAAAUUCGUGUAAAGCCCGCUGUGAAUUUCCAUGAGAUCAUGUGAAUGAUGUGUAAUACCGAUGAAUACCAAUAAAUAUGAGUCGACACUGAA